ACGGAGCCUACCGGCAGCGGUGUUUCCCGGUGACAGUGCCCGGGCACGGAGGCUAUGGGCAGUCAGGAGGUCCUGGGCCAAGCGGCCCGGCUGGCCUCCUCCGGUCUGCUCCUGCAGGUGUUGUUUCGGUUGAUCACCUUUGUCUUGAAUGCAUUUAUUCUUCGCUUCCUGUCAAAGGAAAUCCUUGGCAUAGUGAAUGUACGGCUAACACUGCUUUACUCAACCACCAUCUUCCUGGCCAGAGAGGCCUUCCGUAGAGCAUGUCUGAGUGGGAGCACCCAGCGAGACUGGAGCCAGACCAUCAACCUCUUGUGGCUAACAGUCCCUCUGGGUGUAUUUUGGUCCUUGUUCCUGGGCUGGGUCUGGCUACGGUUGCUUGAAGUGCCUGACCCUAAUGUCGUCCCCCACUACGGAGCAGGAGUGGUGUCGUUUGGUCUCUCAGCUGUGGUGGAACUUCUGGGAGAACCCUUCUGGGUCUUGGCACAAGCACAUAUGUUUGUCAAGCUCAAGGUGGUUGCUGAGAGCCUGUCAGUUAUCCUCAAGAGUGUGUUGACGGCUUUCCUUGUGCUCUGGCUGCCUCACUGGGGACUGUACAUUUUCUCUUUGGCCCAGCUUUUCUAUACUGCGGUUCUGGUGCUCUGCUAUGUUACAUAUUUCAAAAAGUUACUGGGUUUCCCAAAGUCAACCAAGCAACAGGCUCUUCCUGUCUCCAGAAUGACAGAUCUGUUACCCAAUAUUCUGAGAAGUAGAGCUUUUGUAAAUUGGAAAGAGGCUAAAUUGACUUGGAGUUUUUUCAAACAGUCUUUCUUGAAACAGAUUUUGACAGAAGGGGAACGAUAUGUGAUGACAUUUUUGAACGUUUUAAAUUUUGGCGACCAGGGUAUAUAUGAUAUCGUGAAUAAUCUUGGCUCCCUUGUGGCCAGAUUAAUUUUCCAGCCAAUAGAGGAGAGUUUUUAUAUAUUCUUUGCUAAGGUGCUAGAGAGAGAAAAGGACGCCACCCUUCAGAAGCAGGAGGACAUUGCUGUGGCUGCCGCAGUUUUGGAGUCCCUGCUCAAGCUGGCCCUGCUGGCCGGCCUGACCAUCACCGUUUUUGGCUUUGCCUACUCUCAGCUGGCUUUGGAUAUCUAUGGAGGAGCCAUGCUUAGCUCAGGAUCAGGUCCUGUUCUGCUGCGUUCCUAUUGUCUCUAUGUCCUCCUGCUUGCCGUCAAUGGAGUAACGGAGUGUUUCACAUUUGCUGCCAUGAGCAAAGAGCAGGUCGACAGGUACAAUCUCACAAUGCUGGCCCUGUCAUUUUCGUUCCUGGUGUUGUCCUAUCUCCUGACCCAUUGGUGUGGCAGCGUGGGCUUCAUCUUGGCCAACUGCUUUAACAUGGGCAUUCGGAUCACACAGAGCCUUUGCUUCAUCCACCGCUACUACCAUGAGAGCCCCCACAGGCCCCUGGCCGGCCUGCAGCUGUCGCCUGUCCUCCUGGGAGCAUUUGCCCUCAGUGGUGGAAUUACUGGUAUUUCAGAGGUGUUCCUCUGCUGUGAGCAGGGCUGGCUGGCCAGGCUGGUGCACGUGGCUGUGGGGGCCUUCUGUUUGGGAGCAACUCUCGGGACAGUGUUCCUCACGGAGACCAAGCUAAUCCACUUUCUUAGGACUCAGUUAGGUGUGUCCAAACUUACUGGCAAAAUGACGUGACCUGAGGGAUUCACUGACGCCUGUACACCUGGACUAGCCAUGGGCAGAACACAUUUCCUGGGCAGAAGAGCCCUGCAGAGGAGUGAGACCAACCCCGGCAGGUGCGACGUGGGAGAGAAACACUGGGCCAGACAUUGCUGUCCAUUUACAUCUCUGUCAGGAAGGGAGACUUCCAUUUUUAGGGGAAGACCAAAGGCUCUUUUAAAAUAGAUAGUUAUUUUUUUCACCAUUUUGGUCUAAUCGGUGUUUUCCCUUUUGAUUAAUAUAGUAAUUCCUUUGGGUGUGAUUGACCUUAGGAGCUACAUACUCCAACAAACUACCUCAGAUGUUAAUAGUUAAUCAUGUGGUGAAAAAAAAAAAAGAGAUGCAGCCAUCUUCCCCUUCAGAGGGAUAUUUGACUGACACUGUGAAAGGAAGAGGGAAAGCUGAUGUUAGGCACCAAAUAAGAAUGAGGGUGCUCCUGGAGUUGUGGCUUUUCCCAUGGCAGCCCUGUGGUCUGGGUUUUUAGAGAAAGAAAAAUGUUACUCAAUAGAAAUCCAAGAAAUGAAAACAUGGUCUUUCAGAUCACGUUUCCCCAAGUCAAUGAGGUGGAGUCACAUGUCAUCUUCUCUGCUGUGUCCCCUGGGCUGGCACAUGCCUUCCCAGAGCAGGCGCAGGCUGGCUCAAGACCCCUGGCUCGACCACCUGAAAGAGGGAGUUUGGAGGGAAACUGUGAUCCGUGUGAGCUACCUUUUCCGCUCAAGGAAAUGUUACUUUGCAGCGGGCUGAGACUUCCCAUGUGGACAUGGCACAGAUGCCAGCUAAAGUUGAAUAGAUGCAUCUUUUUUUCCUCAAAAUAAAAUAAAUUCUAAUA